ACCCACGUGUCUUAGGCACCAGGAAAGCACUAGAGCUGAACCAGCUAGGUUUCAGUGUCUGUAGGACUUACCAAGCUUUAUAUAUCUGCUUUGACUCAACUGUUUUUACUUUUUCUGGCUCGGGGACAUUUAUCAAACAUGUCUUCGUUCAGGAAAGCGCUGAAAUCCCGACAGAGGAACCACCAUGAAAGAUCUCAGCCUGGUUCCAGGAAGCAUUUGGGAUUGCUGGAGAAGAAGAAAGACUACAAACUCCGUGCAGAUGACUACCACAAGAAACAAAACACUCUUGCUGCCCUGCGGAAGAAAGCUCUGGAGAAGAACCCAGAUGAGUUUUACUUCAACAUGAUCAACUCUUCGCUACAGGAUGGAGUUCACGUGGCAAAAAAACCCAAGGAAGAGACUGAGGUCACAGAGGAGCAGAAAAAAGUAAUGAGGUCACAGGAUAUUAAAUAUGUGGAGAUGAAGAGGGUCGCAGAGGCUAAGAAAAUUGAGAGGCUGAAAGGAGAGCUCCAUCUUCUGGACGCAGACAGCAAACAAAAAAACAAGCACACAUUUUUUGUGGAUUCCAAGAAAGAAGUGCAGUCAUUUGACCUGGCAAAUCACCUCAACACAGCUCCUGAGCUGGUGGACAGAGUGUACAACAGACCAACUCUGAAAACCCUGGAGACAAAGAGCAUCCAGGGAGCUGUGGAGCCUGACAGCAUACAGAAACUGGCCAGGCAGAGGAAGCACCAAUAUAAAAUCCUCUCCCAGAGGGUUGAUAGAGAAAAGAAAAUGUUUGUCAUCAGCCAGAAGAUUCAGACACGCAAAGAUCUACAGGACAAGAUCAAGAAAGUGAAGGUGAAAAAAGAGACAGCCAGUGCUCCAGCUAUUUACAAGUUUGAGGCCAAGAGGAAACGCUAAGAAAUCAACAACUUUGCCGAUGAGCUACUGGUGACAUAAUGGACCAUACCAUAGAUGGCAGACAAUGGAUGAUUUUUUCCCGUCAAAUCUUGUUGCAGCCACGCAAUUUUGUACAUAUUUAUCUAAGACUUUUAUUUUCUUUCAAAUAAAAGAAGAACGUGCAAAUUGA